GAAUUUGCGUCAUCGAUGCAAUCAGCUCUGCUGGUCGUCCUUACGCGACGCCAGGAGCACCAGCGGUUGCUUUGAUCGGCGAAGGACUGCUCCACAUUCGUAGUUACCAUGCUGCGCGCGUCGUUCAGCACGGUCGCGCGCCAUGCGGCGCAGCCGAGGAUCCAGCUCUCCACGGCCGCGGCCAAGGCGGCGCCGACGAUCAAGGUCGAAGUGAACAACGCCGGCCCGAGCGCCGCGGAGCUCAAGGAGGAGCGCAAGGAGACCAUGACCAAGGCGGCCGCCGCGAAGACGAGCGGCAAGAGCGGCUGGCAGAAGUUCGUCUCCGGUGUUUUAGAUGUGAUCCGCCCGGCCUGCGCCGCGGUCCACACGCCCGUCAUGAAGGUCCUGGACGCGCCGUCCCGCCGCCGCGUGCAGAAGGCGGCGUCCGUCGAGGAUUUGCGCAUCGCGGCCGAGAAGCGGAUGCACGCCAUGUGCUACGGUUACUUGGCCGGCGGCGCCGAUGAAGAGGUCGCGCUGCGCCGAUCGGUAGACUGCUACAAGGACGUCGAGUUGCGCCAUGCCGUGUUGCACGGUGUUGGGCAUGGUGAGGUGGAUCCUUCCACGACCAUCUUAGGCCACGAGGCCAAACUCCCCUUCUUCGUCACGUCGUGCGCCGGCCAGCGCAUGUUCCACGCCGACGGCGAGGUCGCCACGGCCAAGGCCGCCGAGAAGCACGGCGUGCGCAUGGCCCUGUCUCAAUUAACCACCUCUACUUUCGAGGACGUCCGCGAGGCGGCCCCUACUUCCGCCAAGUGCCUCCAGCUCUACGUGUGGCGCGACCGCGCGCUCCUGAAGGAAGUGCUUGAUAGGGCCAAAGAAGUGGGCUUCACCUCCCUUGCGUUAACGGCGGACUUCUCGUGGGUCGGCAACCGCGAGCGCGAGACAAAGACGGGCUUCACCGUGCCUCCUUCGUAUUCGGUCCAGCAGUGCGUCGACGCGGCGCGCUCGCCGGCCUGGACCUUCGACUUCAUGAGCCGCGUGCCUUAUGGGUACAAAGCGGUCCCCGACGCCGAUUUCCCGGCCGAAUCCCUCGUCGACUUCAUCGCGCAGCAGAUGAAGCCCGAGUUCGACUGGAAGGACGCCGAGUGGCUCUGCCAGGAGUGGGGCGACACGGGGCCGGUCGCGCUCAAGGGCGUGGCCCGCGGCGAGGACGCGAAGCGCUGGCUCGACAUCGGCGGCAAGGUCAUCUGGGUCUCGAACCACGGCGGCCGCCAGCUUGAGAGUUCUGUGGCGCCGUUCGACGUGCUGCCCGAGGUGCGCAAGGCCGUCGGGCCCGACGUCGAGGUCAUUAUGGACGGCGGCGUGCGCCGCGGCAUCGACGUCGUGAAGGCGCUUGCUAGAGGUGCGGACUCCGUGGCGUGCGGCCGGGCCUACUUGUACGGCCUCGCGGCGGGCGGCUUCGAGGGCGUGGACAAAGCGCUCACGUUAUUAUCGAAGGACGUGCACCUCGCCAUGGGCUUGUUAGGUUGCCGCACGGUCGCCGAGUUGAAAGCUAGAGGCCCCGAGUUCAUGCUCCACAAGCAGAACUCGUCGUUCGUCUACGACAACGGGACCGGUCUCCAACCCUACUUCGGCGCGCCGCCGUCCAAAAUAUAGAUAUAUAUACCCUCCCUCCCCCCUGUAAACUUACUUGGGUCGGCCGGGGAAUUCGUGUUUACUAUCCA